UGACGAUUAAUAAUUUGUACAAGUUUUCAAAUCUGUGUAGUUUUGGUUAAAAAAGCCACAGAGAGAAGAAUGUGAAACUGUGGGGCAACGACAUAUAUAUUACAAAAUAUAUAAUAAAUAUAUAUAAUAUGUAUAUUUAAAAAUACAAAGUAGUCGAGUGAUAAAUGCUGUUGGUUAAAGAUAUAUAUUUAUAUAUAAAUAUAUUUGAUAUAUUUAUGUUUCGUUAAUUAAGACACUUGUUAAAUAAAUAAAUAAAAUGCCUAGUGGUGAGGUUAUUUGUUUAUCAUCAGAUGAUGAAGAAGAUUUACCAAUGAAAAAUUUAGUCGACUGUGACUCAUCGCCAUCAAAAAUUCAAUUAACGCCAUCGGUGCAACUGAUAAAACGCGAAAACUCGGGUACGAAACGCAAGAUAUCCGGAGAUGAGAUAACGUUGAAAAAACUCAAAGUUGAUUCAACGGAGACGUGGAUUGAAACGGCAAAGACUAAAAAUAACGACCACUUAAGUACAAAUUCAAAUAAUUCAACUGCUAGAGUUGAUAGUUCAAGUAAAUCAAAUUUUAAAAAUAAUGUCACAAAUUCUACUGAUAAAAAUGAUAGCACUAGUGUUGCGUCAACUUCAAAUGGCCAUAAACAUAUAAAGCCAUUUAGAGUAACGACAAGUGAAGAAAAUUCUGGGGAUGUAAAAAUACCGACGCUGGUUGUCAAGACAAAGCAGCCAGUUAACGUUGAGAACGGACAUGAAAACGUAUUUUCAAUGUUUAUAGGCCAGUGCUUGUCACGAGAGCGCACCUCUGACAUGCACAAAGUUGUGGAAAAAUUGAAGAGAAAGUACGAGCAGCUAGACACUGCCUAUGCAAACUCAGAGGCGUUUGCUGAUUUGUUGAACGAGAAACGUCAUCUUCUGGAACUGGAAAAAGGCGCGGUCUAUAUGCAUAUCAAAGACGUCCUGGAUGAGAUGAAGAUCAGAAAAGCCGGUCGCAAAUCAGCGGUAUGCAAAUCGGAACCUGAUGCUACUGAUGCUGAUGCCAAUGCUGAUGCUGAGGAAGUUGAUGCGGCUGUCGAAGGGAUGGACGAGAAGGAACGCGAGCACUUCCGGAAACAAGAGAUGAAGAUCAAGAGACUGGAGAAGACUAUGGAACUUGUCCAGAAACGGAUUAAAAAGUAUGAAGCCGAGGAAGUUGAUUGGAAUGACGAGGACGACUCGAUGUAUAUGAAACUAGAGAGGUACAAAAAGCGAAUGGUAGAGCUGUACAACGCCUGGUGUAAGUUGACUGCCAACCACGAGGACGCCGGGAGAUCGUACCUGCGUCCAAAGCAUGUCAAGCUCACUGGUAUUGUUACUGUCGAUCAAGCGAUUAACAGUUUCGUUAACUCGAGACUCAAAAAACGAAGUUCUCUUUCGAAUCAGGGGGGCAAAGAUGAUUUUUUCCCGGACUAUGUUGACAUUUUAAAUUUAAUUCACACGCACAAUGUCAAUCAUAACUUAGGAAUGAGUAAAAUAAGAGAAAGUGCUGCAGCUAAAAGUGCGUUCGUAAAAUUGGGUGAGUACUUAAAAAGUGAACGACAGCAAGAUUUUUACGACACAUUUUCAAUGUGGUAUGAAAAUGACGAGGAUCCGGCACAGAAGGAUCCGGAAUUGCUGUCGAAAUUACAAGAAAAUCGUGAGCAUGGUGAGAAAAAAUUAAAUGAAGUUUUCGAUGAGUACACGAGGAAGCAGGAGGAGUUAAAUGCCAGUGGUAAGUCGGAAGAAGUUAAAGGAACUGAUGAUGAGGAUGAGGAUGAGGAUGAGGAAGAUGAAGAAAGAGACGAAGGAGAUGAUGAAAGGGAUGUCAGUGAUGCUGAAGUUGUUGACUUAGAAAGUGAUAAUUCUGCGGCUGAGGAUGCGGACGCUGAUAAAGAAAACGGUGAUAAAAAUACGAAUGGUAAAGAUAAGAGUAGUGAUAAGGUAGCAGAAGAACCGGAAAUAGUAGAAACUGCAGAAACAAUUUGGCUGGAAUCAAAGACAGAUAAAGUUUUAUCUUGUGAUUCUGGGAAAAUUAAAAAAAAUUUACCGAGUACUUCAAAACAGUCAGCAUCGACUUCGACUUCGUUUAAUAAUUCUGAUAAUAAAAGUUAUAAAUCAAAAGUGGAUAAUACUGAUGACGACGCACAUGAGGACUGCGAUGACAAAGCUGAUGAUAAACCCGUCCUGAAGUUAAGGUCAUUCGCUAAACCGCCAGAAUUCUGGGCCAACUCUCAAGAGAUUAAGGAGUCUGACUGGGAAGAAGAACCGGCACCAAGAGUUCAAGGCGGAAAUGAUUCAUCAAUCGAAGUUAUUCACAUCGAUAUAUCGGGUGAUAAAUCACCGAAGACUGCGAGGACUGUUGCGCCUAAUCAGACGGUUCAGCCGACACCAGCCAACACGACCAAGAAAAUACUUUAUACAAGGAUGGUACCAGUUCCUACUAGUAGGUUGUGCCGACUGAGUACCGGAGAUCCUGUUCUAAAGAGCCCAGUGGCCACGUCGACGCCAAAUUUAAAUUCAAAUUCAAAUCCAAAUCGACAUCCGCGGGCUGGUGACUCGACUCCGAAACGUCCAGUAGAAGCGCCGAUGCCAAAUCGUCCUAUUCAAGCUUCGAACACUGCCAGUCCCGCUGGACCCGGAGCUGGACCCGGAGCUGGACCCCAGCGCAAGGAGUUAAAGCCUGUGACUUUUUUUAGAAACAACAACCAAAAUAAUGUACCAGUUGGACAGCCAACUGAGCAAACUGCGACGAGUAGUUCAGUGACUAAUGGACGCGUCGCUCCGACUGUUACCAGCUUGCAAACCUUUAGGAAAACUGACGUUAAAAAGUUACAACGUGCUAAUUCUAAAAACAUUUUUAAUAAUGAUCUUAAUUCUAAUUAUAAUUUAAAUAGUAUUACGUCUAAUAGCAAUAGCACUAGUAAUAAUAAUAGUAAUCCGAGGAAUAAUGUCGGUAAUAAAAGUGGAACAAGUGGACAGAGACAAGUUAUAAAUCCUAUGGCUGCACGAAAAAUUGUUGAUCGUCCAAUCAAUAGAACUGACGUCAAUGUGAAUAAUUUAAAUAGACUAACACCUCGAAAUGGACAGAUUUUGGUUAUGACGACAUUGAAAGGAAUUUUUCCCAAUCCAAAACCGCCGAGAAAAAAAAAUUUCCUGUAUGAAAAUGUAAAGAGUUUGCGUAAAAUGGAAAAAUACAACGCCAAGGAAACGGAAAAAGAUGAUGCUGAUAAACUGGGAGCCAAAACUGGAGCCAGACAGAAUAAGUAUCAACAUGUUGCACCGAGGGUUUACUCAAGUGGCCGAGGGUCAAGCGCAAUUUCUACCAAUAGUUCGGUUAAGAAUAAUAUUAAUUGCAGUAGAAUUAGUUUGAGCGGUAAAUCGAGCGCGCCGAGUCUGGUCAAGACUGCUGAUAAAAAAUCAUGUAUUUCAUUGAACUCUCAUCACAUUAAUUCUGCUGAUAAACGUGAUAAUAAAUCGAAGACUAAAGAGAGAUAUAAGUCACAGUGUAAUUUAAAUAGUAGUUUGUUAAACUUGGAUAUUAAUCGUGAGACUGAUUCUACGGAGAAAAAAAAGUCACGUAGUUUAGGUAUACAGACAUUGGACACCAAUGAUUUAGAUAGUUUGUACUCCAAAGGUAUUAUUAGAUAUCCAUCAAGUAGAAGUCGAGAAGAAAAAUCCUGCAAAGACGUUGAUCAAGUGGAUUUAAAUCUUGAGUUGGAUAGAAAUAGUUCACCUACAAGAUGUCUGGGUAGUAAGCAAGAUUUAACAGAACCUUCACCGGGAAAAGAUAAAGAUUACGUCAAAAUGAAUAAAGAAAAAAUAACAGUCGCUGCAAGACUGGCUGCUCAAUUAAACAAUGGCGUCGUACCACCCAAUUAUCGCAAAGGAGUUGUUCCAAAAUAUAUACUUGAGAGAAAAGAAGAACAGCAACAAAAAAUAGAACAGGCAAAGUUGGAUGCAGCGAACUCUGAUUGCCCACCGGGUCAUAUUCCGCUGCCUGAUAAUGAACGUAAAGAAACGUUACGUUUAUUAAAAAAAAAUUACCAGGAGUUAGUAAAUGAAUUGAAUAAGAUGCCAAUAAGAUCAGACACUCUCCGUUGUCAGAUGAAGAAAAUGGAAAUUGAAAAACAAUUAACUAAAUUAGAAGAAGGUAUUAAAAUAUUUUCGCGCCCUAAAGUAUUCGUUAAAACGGACGGAUAAUUAACUGAGCGAUAGCGCGAUGUAACGAAACAUUCCACCGAUCACCGAUUGCCAAUAGCAUUUAAGUAUACAAUUUAUAAAUAAUUACACACCGAGUGCCUUGUAUAUAAAUAUAUAUGUUUAUAUAUGUUACAAAUACUAGGCAAUUAAUUAAUAGAUUAAUUAUUUACAUGUAAACACUUGAGACUUUGUAAAUAAUUGUACUAUAGUGCGAAGCUUAAAAAUAAUAAUCAUCUAGUCUGAUGUACAAUUAAAUUGAAAAAGACUUAUGUCGAGUACAAAAUAAACACAAAGUAUUUUU